UCAGUAAGGUCACAUUUAAUCAUUAGGAAGGGUCUUGGCCAUACAGUGUAGUUUAGGUUGGCUUCAUGAGAAUGCCCAAAUAGAGCAUCCAAUAAUUCCUUCUUUGUCCCUAAGCUCUUAUCACCUGCUGACUAUCAACAGCCUACAAAACUGACACCGUAGUCAUCUGGAUUUUUAAUUGUAGUCUGAUUUAUUCAUGCCAAAACCAGUUUUGGUGUGUGUUUUGGGUCGUUGCCCCACUGGAACACCCAAGUGAGUGCAUAAUUUUAAAGUAAUCUUCUAGCUUCUAAUUCAUGACAUACCUGUUUAUUGUGGUUGUUGGAUUGAAAUUAGCAUAAGGUCACAUGGUUUUUUUUAACCUUGGCAAAAAUACAUAAUGCGUAUUGCCCGUCUAAUGCUAGAAAAAGUGUACACAUGUAUUUAAACUCCAGUUCUUAGCUCGAUGGUUAUGCAAAUGUAUCUGCUCCUGCAGCAACAUGUUUAUGGAAUGGCAUCUGCAGGGAACCUCAGCACGCAAUGCACAGCAAAACCUGUCAACACAACACAGCACAGCAUGUUCUGAUUCAAAAGAUCACUACUGUUUUUAAUACACCCGCACUUAUCCGCUGUAAUACCAACGUCAUGUGUUUACAUGACCAGAAUGAUCUAACCCUGAAUACAUUAUAUUGUCAAAAGUAUACAGACACCUGACCUUAAACUUGUUAGACAUCCUAUUCCAAAACCAUGGGCAUCAUCUGAAGGGAAUUUAAUCUGUUUAAUGAUAGGAGCAUUUGAAAGGUCAGACUGGUGUAGUAUGGAAAGUUUUAGUUGGCAAAUCACCUUCCAAUUUAUCCCAAAGGUGUUUAAUGGGGUUGAGGUCAGGGCCAAUUAAUGGGCUAUAUGCAGGCCAGUGGAGUACUGCAAGUAAAGAACUUGAGAACGUCAACCCCCAGACUGUAAUAUACAAUUCAUUUUCAUUAAAUGACUUAAAAUGUGUGUUAUUGUGUUCAUAAUUUCAGAGUUAAAGAAGAAGUUAAAAAUGAUCAGCAGGGUCUUUGGGCACAUCUUGGGCAGUGUUGAGGAAGCAGACACUGUGGUGGAAAAUGAAAGAUGUGAGGAGCUGCUGGAGUUUGAAGAUGGUGAAUGGGUCAUCAUUGAUAUACAGGAUAACGCAACUGUAGGUCUAACUGUUGAAGAUCCUCUGGAGAAUUUACUAAUCGAGCAUCCAAGCAUGUCCGUGUAUCAGAUGCGCCACCAAACUGGUGAAGAAGAUUCUUCUGAUGAAGAAGAUGACUCUCCAAGAUCAGUUCCAAUCAGACGUGACAUUUUAUGGCAUUUGGCACCGUCGAGCGACUUCCUGUUCCCAGUGCAGAGAGCCCGAAUGUUCACCGAGCGCAGGAACCUGAGUCGAAAUGCCCUCAACAGGCAAAACCUGGUGAAGACUCGCUUCUGUCCUGCCGAGCGCCGCUACGGUCACUUUAAACAGCCGAGUCAGCGCCUCUACAACUACUGAAGCACUGCUGAGGUGGGGCGAUACACCGGUGUGCGGUUUUGUUGUGAUCAAGUUAAAUAAAUAUAGUGUUUAUUGAACAAAUAUUUAUUGUAUGGUUCCACUCAUACAGCAAGGAAAUGAAUGACCACAGACAAAACUGUCAUGACUGCUGGAAUCUUUGAAAAGUUCAGCACAAAGCACAAACUGUUUUUCUGAUCAUCUAGAUUCUAGAAGCAUCGCAUGCUUGUGUGAAUGCUUGCAUUAAGUAAAUUUAUACCUUUAGGUUCAUGGUAUUACAGAGAAUUUUGGGUUUUUAGCUGCAAUUUAGUGUGAAUGCAAUAAUGCAAUACUUGAAUACAGUUGUGCUUCUUAUUUUAUAUUAAGGAUCAAUGAGAUCUUACAGGCUUUGGUUGCAGUUUUGCUUUUUAUCUGUUUAUUAUUUUGAAAAAAUCUUACAAAGAACAAAGUGUUAAAAAAUGUAUUACAAAUGAAAUCAAGGUUUGGAUUUAUUUAGUGUGCAUGUUUGGGUUGUAGCUUAGCUGUAAGUGUGUUUUGCAUGAAAUAAGAAUUUUUUUCUACAGUUUUUUUAAUUCAGUAUUUUAAGGAUGUCAAAUGUUACCUGCCAGCAUAUUUACUGAAUAUUGUGUGCAAUUCAGUUUGUAAAUAUGUCUUAAUCAUUCUUUUAUUUUUUGUAUACAAUAAUACAUUUGUACAAAAAAAAAGCUAAAUAAACUUGAAAAUUACUUUU